CCGGAGCGGGGCUGUGGGAGGAGGGAGGGUCCUGCCGGGCCGGAAGGGGCUCUGCUGCUGAUGCUCGGAGGCUUUCGGAGCCGCAGCAUCCCUCGCACCGCACGGAUGCAGCCGCAGCAGGGCAAAGCCGGGGCUCGGGCAGUGCCCGGCCCGCCGGGGUUCGGCUGCCACAGGGACGAGCCGAGCAGGCAGGUGCGGCCCGUGCCGCUGCCACCCGUGCAUCAGAACCUGAAUUACUGCCCGCAGAUCUUCUGGGUGGAUGGAUGUGCCGAGUCAGGGGCUCCCUGUCCCCCCCCGGCUCCGUUCCCACCGCCCGUCCCGGACCGGAGCAGAAAGCCACGGAACAAAGACGGGGAGAGGAGCAGCUCCGGCUUCCUCGUGAUGUUCCUGCUGAUCCUGGUGGCCUUCACCGGAGUGGGGCUGAGCAUAUUUAAGAUUUUUCACCUGGAGAAGGAAGUGGAUGAACUCAGAGAGUCUGCCAGCGCUGAGCUCAUCCCUCCAGCCUCUCAGAAACUCACAGGGCACAGGAAGGAGGCCAGGAGGGCAGCCCAUGUCACAGGCAACCCAGCCCAGCGGGAGCUGCCUCUGGAGUGGGAGCCCAGCUCUGGCCAUGCCUACACCAGCGGCAUCCAGUACCAGGAGCGGGGGCUGCUGGUCAGCGAGCCGGGGCUGUACUUUGUGUACUCUCAGGUGCUGUUCCGGGGCAGUGCCUGUGACAGCCAGCUCCUGGCCCACGUGGUGUACAAGAGGAACCCGGCCUCCCCGGGCAGCCUGGUGCUCAUGGAGGACAGAGCCACCAACUUCUGCGCAGGCCAGAGGAUGUGGGCCCGCAGCAGCUACCUGGGGGCUCUCUUCAGGCUCAGGAAGAUGGACAGCCUGCAUGUCAACGUCUCCAAAAUCGCCCUGGUCAACUUUGAGGAAUCCAAGACUUUCUUUGGUUUGUUUAAGCUGUGAAAUGGAGGGCGGCUGGCAGCCCCUUCACACACGCACCCCCACACAGAUGUGUGAGGGCUGGGAGCGGCCUGGGCACCACAAAACCCACCCAGAAACCAUGCUUGGGCUUCAGCACGAGGGGAUCCAGGCAAUGGGAAAGGCUUGAAAGCACCAGGGCUGUGCUGCCUCAGCCUGAACAGACCUGCACGUGUUCUCCUGACAGGAACCCCACAGACUCAGUGUGGCCCUGCUGGGACUCACUGCUGCUGCCUGAGGAGAUUUUGGGACCCGCUGCUCCCCGUGGUGGCACAGCCCUGCUGGGGACAGCUGGGGGGGGGUUAAGGAGGUGUCUGGGUGGUGCCACGGCACCUCAGUGGUGUGGGGAUGAGCAGUGUGAAUGACUGCUCCCCCUGAGCCAUGGCUGGCCCUGCCCAGCGCUGGCAUUGCUGCGCCACAGGCCCCUCCUGCCAGCCGGGCUGGGACAGGGGCUGUGCUCAUCCUCUGUUAAGCUAUGGACCGUUCCCAGCCCAGAAAAUGCUCCCCAACCUCUUUAUUUAACUCACCCCAAGUGCCUUGCAAGGAAGGUGCCGGGAGCACUGAGGGCUGUCCCUCAAGUGGCAGCGUGAGCACGCCGUGGUGCUGGGGAUGGUGGGGUGGCCGUGGGCUCUGCAGCACAGCACUGCAGGGCACUGGGGCUCAGGGGGAAAGCAGCACCUCGAGCCCCUCCUGCCCCUUCAGCACAUGGGGGCCUGCUCUGCCCCCCCUCCCCUGGUGCGGCUGGUGACACCUGGCACCUGUCCAUGCGUGGAUUUGGCUGGGCCCCUUGCCAUGAGAUGUUCUCUCCUGAGAAAAACACAGAUGGUAAAUAUAUAUUUUUCUAGUGA